UGGUCACCAUCAUCUUUCAAUAUGUUGAAUUGCAAUUCGAUGCAUCUGCUUUUUGCUCUCUUUAUCAUUCAUAUCCUAUUUUGUUCUUCACGAGGACAACUUCUAGUGGGUUUCUAUUCCCAGACAUGCCCCACUGCUGAGUCCAUUGUGCGCUCUGUUGUUGAUGAAACCAUUAAACAGGACCCUGGAAACGCUGCUGUUUUAUUAAGGCUUCAAUUUCAUGACUGCUUUGUUGAGGGCUGUGACGGGUCAAUUCUUAUUAAUAAUGGUGCUGAAGGCGAGGGAGGAGCAGGAGGAAAUUUAGGAGUCGGCGGUUUUGAUAUUAUAGAAGAUGCCAAAUCAAAGCUGGAAAGCGUUUGCCCUGGAGUUGUUUCUUGUGCGGACAUUGUGGCUUUGGCUGCUAGAGAUGCCGUGUCUUCGGCGAAUGGACAAUUUUAUGAAGUUCCAACUGGUCGAAGGGAUGGACGAGUUUCAAGUAAAACUCUGGCAGCAAAUCUUCCCGACGUUGAUGACUCAAUUCAGCUUCUCAAAUCCAAAUUCUGGCAAAAGGGUCUUUCCGAUAAAGACUUGGUUCUUCUUAGCGCUGGUGCGCAUACAAUUGGCCUCACAGCCUGCUUCUUCAUGCAAAAACGACUCUACAACUUCACCACGACCGGUGGCUCUGAUCCCUCGAUCAAUCCUGGCUUCCUCAAAUUACUUAAGGCAACAUGCCCUUUCAAUGGCGACCCGAAUGUGAAAAUACCUCUUGACCCGGUGAGUGAAUUUACGUUAGAUGAUCAGAUUUUUCUCAACAUUAAAAAUGGUUUGGCAGUGAUUGCGUCUGAUGCGAGGCUCUAUGAUGACAACAACACAAGGCGGAUUCUGGAGUCUUAUAUUGGCUCUGAACGAUCUUUCCAGGCAGAUUUCGCUGAAGCAAUGGUGAAGAUGGGGAAAAUUGACGUCAAAACUGGUUCACAAGGAGAGAUUAGGCGAGUCUGUAGCGUUGUUAAUUAAGUGGUUUAGUGAUAAUUAGUGUUUGUUAAAAGUGAUGUCUAUGAGUCGAUCCAUUAAGAAAAUAAAAUAAGGUGUUUUUAAUA